ACAGGCAAAAGGCGGCGCGUCUGGAGAGGUGGAGCCCUGAGGUGACCGGCGCCGCUGCGAAACGCCCCCACCUCCCGCGGUCGGAGUGGUUCAGCCCGAGAACUUUUCAUUCAUAAAAAGAAAAGACUCCGCGAGGCGCGCGUGAGUCAGAACCCAAGCUGCCGACGCGGACCCCACAGAGCAGCCAGCCCAGGGCAUGUUCCGAGACUUCGGGGAACCCGGACCGAGCUCCGGGGCCGGCAGCGCAUACGGCGGCCCCCCGCAGCCCCCCGCCGCGGCGCAGGCGGCGGCCCAGCAGUUCCACUUUGCGCCAAGCAUCAACGCUGUGAGUGGCAGUCAGGAGCUGCAGUGGAUGGUGCAGCCUCAUUUCCUGGGACCCAGCAGCUACCCUAGGCCUCUAUCCUACCCCCAGUACAGCCCCCCACAACCCCGGCCAGGAGUCAUCCGGGCCCUGGGGCCGCCUCCAGGGGUACGUCGCCGGCCCUCUGAACAGAUCAGCCCAGAGGAGGAGGAGCGCCGCCGAGUAAGGCGCGAGCGGAACAAGCUGGCUGCGGCCAAGUGCAGAAAUCGGAGGAAGGAACUGACCGACUUCCUGCAGGCGGAGACUGACAAACUGGAAGAUGAGAAAUCUGGGCUGCAGCGGGAGAUUGAGGAGCUGCAGAAGCAGAAGGAGCGCCUGGAGCUGGUGUUGGAAGCCCACCGACCCAUCUGCAAAAUCCCGGAAGGAGUCAAGGAGAGGGACACAGGCAGUACCAGCAGCACCAACAGCCCACCAGCCUCCUGCCACCCUGUACCUUGUAUCUCCUUGUCCCCAGGUCCUGUGCUUGAACCUGAGGCAUUGCACACUCCCACACUCAUGACCACACCCUCCCUGACUCCUUUCACCCCCAGUCUGGUCUUCACCUAUCCCAGCACCCCUGAGCCCUGUGCCUCGGCUCAUCGCAAGAGUAGCAGCAGCAGUGGGGACCCAUCCUCUGACCCUCUUGGGUCCCCCACCCUCCUUGCUUUGUGAGGCACCCCAGACCCACUCCCUGCAGGUGCCACCUGCACCUGCAGCCAACAUCUUCUCUCCUUCCUCCGUGGGUCCAGCUGGCCUGGACCAUAUCCCACACCCAACCCCAGCAGGUUCUUCUCCAUCCCUCCAGAUGAGACUAAGCAAAUUUUGCUUCGCAAUAGAGCCAGCUUGGGGCCAUCAAAGCUACCCACUGUUUUUCUAGAGCUGGCCUCUCUAGCACAAUUUGCACUAAAUCAGAAACAAAAUAUUUCCCGCUUGUGCCAGAGGAAUCCUGGCAGCCCAAAGAGACUCUGUAGGUCCCUAGGGGGUCCUCUGGAGCCCUAACCCCUUUCAGCCCACCCCCACACUCCACAUCACCCUGUUCCUGUGAUCUACCCAACCCUACCCACUGACCUAAGGUGCCAUUCUACCAGCCUAGAACACUAACUCACCCAGCCCCACUGCCAGCAGCAGCAGGUGAUUGGACCAGGGCAUUCUGCUGGCCCCUCCUCAAUAGCACAGCUGAGGAGGCACCAGAGGCUCCUGUGAUGAGCUGACUUGCAGACCCCAGCUCUGAGAAGCCUUUAGCUCCAGGGAAUCCAAGCCUCCACAGUGAGGGCAGCUGCUAUUUAUUUUCCUAAAGAGAGUAUUUUUAUACAAACCUGCCAAAAUGGAAUAAAAGGCUUGAAGCUCUG